ACCCGGAAGCGAGGUUCCCGGCGGCGAUUUUCCGACUCCGAGAUCUUGAUGAAUAAAAUAAAGCAGACAUAAUCAUCUCUGGAGAGAUUAUUUAUAUCCUCAUGUUUGAAAUGAUUUAUAUUUAAAAUAGUAGUAAAAAUGGAAAAAGAGAAAGUAAAUCAUGACAAACCAGACCCAGAGAACUCCUUGGACUUUUCUGAACACUUCAACCAACUUGAACUGUUGGAAACACAUGGACACCUUAUUCCCACUGGUACCCAAAGUCUCUGGGUAGGGAAUUCUGAUGAAGAUGAGGAGCAAGAUGAAGAAACUGAAGAGUGGUAUCAACUGCAAGAAAAAAAAAUGGAAAAAGAUCCAAGCAAAUUGCUUCUUUGGGCUGCUGAAAAAAAUCGGCUGACCACAGUGCGGAGACUGCUUUCAGAAAGGGCUACCCACGUGAACACUCAAGAUGAAGACAAGUACACACCACUCCACCGAGCAGCCUACAGUGGGCACUUGGAUGUGGUCCGAGAGCUGAUUGCACAUGGGGCAGAUGUCCACGCGGUGACCGUGGAUGGCUGGACACCCCUGCACAGUGCCUGUAAGUGGAAUAAUGCCAGAGUGGCUUCUUUCUUACUGCAGCAUGAUGCAGAUAUCAACGCCCAAACGAAAGGCCUCCUGACCCCCCUACACCUUGCCGCUGGGAACGGAGACAGCAAAGACACCCUGGAGCUCCUCCUAAUGAAUCGCUACAUCAAGCCAGGUCUGAAGAAAAGCCUGGAGGAAACGGCAUUUGACAUCGCCAGGAGGACCGGUAUCUAUCACUACCUCUUUGAAAUUGUGGAAGGCUGCACAAAUUGUUCACCUCAGUCUUAAUAACAGUUCUAAUAAUUUUCUUAAGUUUCUAAGUCCGAGUGCCUGCUUUGUGUGAGAUAUGAAAUAUCCCCGUUGUACAAAGUUGACAUCAAAAGUCUUAAGAGAGUAUUUCAGUGGUACUCAGAAUACUAUCCCUCCAAGUGAAUUGCCUGACCUUGAUGUCAAAAUGUAUUUGAAAGUUGUUUGGAUUUAUCUUUAAUGAUUUCCAUGGCGUUUGUGAUUUUUACCAAAUCAUUUUAACUUGCCUAUAUUGAAAAACUUGUCAGAGGUUGUACAGAAAACUAAUAUUUUUGGUGCUGAUCCAAGAGAAAUGUAUUUUUACAUUUACAAUAUCCCCCAUCCUAGAGCUUUGUGGAGUAUUUAGUAUAUCAACAUAUAUUUUUAUAAGGUCAGGUAACUCAGAAUUUCAUUUAAAAAUUUUAAAUAUACUGGUGCAGUUCAGAUGUCUUUUCUGCAUCACCAUAGCCAUUUGCUUUCACUAUAAACCAUAAGAAUGAACCUAUUAGUGACUUGAAUCUUCAUGAGUUUAAAGAAAAAUUGAGAAACCUAGAUCUUCGUUUUUUAUUAAUAGAACCAUAGAUGUUUAAUCUACGAAUGUUAUAUACUGCCUCUCCUUCCACAAUCCACACAAUCCUGUGGACCCUCCUACCUCACCCUGGUCAGCCUACAUAAUCCUCAUUCUCCUGGUGAGUCAGCAUGACGCUUAAGACAUGUGCACAACUAUACCUUGGUCCAGAUAGUUGUAGCCUAUUUGCCAUCCAGCUAGUUUUACCUGUCCGGUCCUGCUCACCUCAUCUCCCAGGGUCACAGGAAGGGUUCUUUUCCAGGAUCCUCAUUUUAUAGAAGCCACACAAAGUCAAAGUGACAAGGGAAAAGAAAUUCUAAGAUGAUUUUACUGGGGCAAGAACCACAAAGUGGCUCAGGCGUUUUUUUAAAAGCCACAUUGUAGAUAACAACAAGAGCAUAAGUAUAAAUAUUCUAAAAAAAAAAAAAAUAAUAAAGGUUUUAAACUACCAAAAAA